AUGAGUGAUUCCGUACAUGACCAACGUUUUCACAAAGUGCAUAAUGAUCCGAGAUUUGCUCGAAAUUCCAAGCGUAAGAAUAAAGUUGAGAUUGAUCCAAGGUUUGCUGGAGCGCUUCAGGAUGAUCGUUUUCAAAGUGUACAGGGAAAAUACGACAAAUAUGGGCGUCGUAUUCAAAAGAAGGAGAAUGAAAUGAAAAAGUUUUAUUGUCUGAAAGAAGAAGACAAAGAGCAGCAGAUUGGUGGCGAUGGAGAAGACAAGGCAAUGAUCAAAGUUCCGUCCACGACGAGUUUCGAUGAUGAUGCAGAUGCAACAGUUGCAAAAAACAAUGAGAAACUCUCGCGACUUGACUAUCUCAAUCGUAUGGCUCGGGGUGAACUUGAGUCGGGCUUGGACAGCUCCGACUCGGACUCGGAAGACAGUGAUGAUGACGAGGUCGAAGGUGUAAUCAAAGACGAGAAAGAAGAGAUUCCUAUGGGUGAAGAGACGAAACGUUUUGCUGUACUUAAUUGCGACUGGACGCGUAUUCGUGCUGUGGACUUGUUUGCACUCUGCCAGUCGUUUGCACCGGCCACGGGCACCGUACAGGAUGUGACUAUUUAUCCGUCGGACUACGGUCUUGAGAAAAUAAGAGAGGAGGGACAGCGAGGGCCGCAGGGUCUUUGGGAUGAUCAAGCCAAGCCAAUAGUGAAUGAAGAGGAAGCUGAGAAUAAAGACGGAAAGCUGAAGGUCUCAACAAAGGAUGAAGACAACGAAGCGGACAAAGAGGACAAAGCUGCUGAUGAUGACGAGGACGGUGACAGCGCCGAGGGAGAAAAGGAUGACUACGACUCGGAUGACCCUCUUGGCGUGAAGAAGAGUGUAACGCUAGAAAGUGAGUCGGACGGCUUUGACCGUGAAAAGCUGCGGAAAUACGAACUACAAAAGUUGCGAUAUUACUAUGCCAUCGUGACGUGCGAUUCGGUAAAGACUGCUAGCACGAUCUUCGACCAGUGCGAUCAGCUCGAGUACGAGACCUCAUCAAACGUUCUUGAUCUCCGCUAUGUGUCGGACGACACAACCUUCACUAACACACCCAAAGAGUCGUGUGACAGCGUGCCUGACCGGUACAAGCCGACAAUCUUUGCCACUUUGGCACUCCAGCAAACGGAUGUGAAGCUUACAUGGGAGGAGGAUGAUGACCAGCGUUUGGAGCUGCUGACGCGUCCCACUGACUGGAAGGAUGCCCACGACGAUGACUUCAAGGCAUACCUUGCUUCGGAUGUAUCAGAUGCUUCAGAAGCUGAGGAUGGGAGUGACGACAGUGAUGAAGAGAAAGAGGCCGAUAGCAACACGGCCGUCACUGCUCCUGACAGCAAAAAGAAGUCCAAGAAGGAGGCCAAAAUCAAAAAGCUUCGAAACCGAUACCGGUCGAUGCUGCUAGGCAGCGACGCAGAAGAUGAUGAUGAUAACGAUGCUCCUGAAGGAGGCUUGGCGGAUAGCACUGAUGGUGAAGAUGGAGCUGGUGAUGAGGGUGAUAUGGAGAUGUCGUUCGCGCCUGGUGCGGGUGAUGUACUGAAGGCAAAGCGACAGAAGGAGCUUGAGGCUAAUGAAACGCCGUUCGAGCGGUACACACGUGAGAAGAAGCAGGAAAAAAACCGUAAACUGCACGAGAAACGUGCACGACAGAAAGAGCUCGAGCGUGAGCAACGCGAAGUGCUAAAGAAGAAGGGUCGUGGUGCCAAGGAGGCAAACUUGCUGCGCGAGGCCAUCACCGUUGGCGGCGAUAGCAGCAAUGGUGGUAGCAGUGAUAGUGACCAGGGUGAGCGCAACUUUGACAUGAAGAAAAUUGCUAAGCAGGAAAAGGUCAAGUCUCUGAAGGGCAAGCGCCGUGCCAAGGAGAUGAAGAAGUUGGUGAAGCAAAGAGCAAGUGGUGGUCUGCAGGAGGGGUUCGAGUUUGACGCAGCCGAUCCGCGUUUUGGCGCUUUGUACACUAAGGGCUCGCAAUUUCAACUGGACCCGACGGACCCAAAGUUCAAAAAGACGGAGGCCACCCAGGCUAUUUUCAAGGAGCGGCGGCAACGGUAUGACCAGGACGCUACUCAUGCCAUACCUAUCAAGUUGGAUGCAGAUACUGCUAGAAAUGAUAACGAUAACCGCACGCUAAACGCCAUGGUCGAAAACCUCAAGCGGAAGUCGCAACAGCAGGACAAGAAGAAAGCCAAGAAACAGAAGAAGAACAAGGCAUAA